AUAUUUUGCUUUGCGUAUACACCAAACGAGAACAAAAAAAAAUUUUCAAUUUUGAUGUAUUUUUGACAAAUUUUUUAAUAGAAUAUUCCAGUGAGGUUGAAAAAUUUGCAUCAAAACUAAUUAUGGAGUUUCAAGCUGUUGUAAUGGCCGCUGGGACUGGUUCUCGAAUGCGCGAGUUGACGUCAAGCAUACCCAAAUGUCUUUUACCUAUUGGCAAUGUGCCACUCAUUCUUUGCUCUUUGAAUCUUCUUAAGAAGGCUGGAUUUACAGAAGCAAUUAUUCUAGUUCGUGAAAAUGAGAAGAAUAAAAUUCAAAAUGCUAUUGAAAAUAAAAUUGAUAUGAAGUUAGAUAUUGUAGCUGUGCCUAAAAAUGAGGAUUGGGGCACUGCUGAUAGUUUGAGAUAUGUAAAGAGUAAAAUAAAAUCAGAUGUAUUGGUAUUAAGUUGUGACAUAGUGUCAGAUUUUGAUUUAAAGGAUAUGCUAUUUUCCCAUCGUAGCAAGCAUUCUUCUUUGACUAUGUUGCUUGUACCAUUUCCAAAUUCUCUGAGAGAAAUUGAGAUGCCUGGCUAUAAAAAGAAAUGUAAAUUUGAACGAGACAUUAUAGGUUUGGACUCCACUGAUAGAUUAAUUUUCAUCAACUCUGAAGCUGAUUUUGAGGAUGGAGUUCCACUCAAACUGGCCCUGAUGAAGAAAAAUCCUUUAAUUAACAUAUUUAGUAAUUUAAUGGAUGCUCAUGUAUACAUAAUUAAGAGAGAUUUAGUUCAGUUUAUAGUUUCCAAUGAACAUAUUUCAACUUUGAAAGGGGAAUUUUUACCUGUUGCUGUUAAACAGCAGUUUACGUCAAAAAAGCGGUCUCAGGGCAUUGAGACUAAUGAUGGUCCAUUAGGAAAGACAAUUUUAAACAAAGAAUUUAUUGACUUGGACAAGCUAGCUUUGGAAUUAUCUUCCUGGAGAGACCCAUCUAAUUAUUCAAAGUCAUGCAUGGAGACAGAAGAAAGAUGCUUUGCAUACAUAGAUAAAGUAACAUUUUGUUAUCGAAUUAAUACGCUUGUAGCUUAUGCCAACAUUAACAGAAAAUUAAUGAAAUACUUCACGUCAAUUACAGGGACACAGCCUAAAUCUCAUCAAUAUCAAAAGUCUCAGGUAGAUGCAAACAGUAUUUUAGGGGAAAAUUGCGAGCUUCUAGUUAAAUCUUCAGUAAAACAAUCAGUAGUUGGUAAUAAUGCUAAACUAAGUGAAAAAGCAAAGAUACAUAACACCAUAGUGAUGGAAAGCGUACAGAUUGGCAAAGAUUGUGUAGUUCAAAAUAGUAUUAUUUGUAACCAUGCUGUCAUAGAAGAUGCCUGCAGUUUAAAAAAUUGUAUUAUAGGACCUGAACAAAUUGUGAAAACAUCUUCAAAACUUAACAGCGAAAUUUUACAAUGCUCAGAUCAACUGAUGGAAAUUUAACUUGCAUGUUUAUUUUUGUUGCAAAAAAAAACAUUGCUUCAAAUUUUUUAUUUUACUGUUUUUGAUGAUUUUGUCUGAUUUAAAAUGAAAUAAAUA